AAACAAAAAGUCACCAAAUUGAAAUCCAAUACCUUUCUAAAUUCAUCUUCAUAUAAAAAAUAUGAUCAAAAAGAAGUUGGCCAACGGUUAACUUCCCUCCAAACCAAUUCUUGUGAUUCACUUUGAAUCAAAGCAAAGUUUCUAUUUUGAUUCACAAACUUCACCUUCCCUGACAUACCCUUCACACCCUUUUUCCCUUUUCUAAUCCAUCUAUAAACACUUCAUUUUUCCAUCAUGCACACCAUGUGUUUGAUGAAAUAUUUGUGAUAAAACUAGUUUGAAAAAUACCCUUUUUUUUUCAUGAAUUUGAGAGUUUAAGCUUGAUAUUGAUAUAACUUUACAAUGAAUUCUAGGUGUUUGUUGAAUUCCAACAGCAUGGUUCAAUCUUCGAAUUCUGCAGGUGAAGAUGAAAGAGUGGAUGGUUCUAGAAAUAGCCAUCGGCCUGGACGUGUCUCGUUGCCGUUGACGCCUUCGUUUUCAGUUCGGAUGGCUAUGAGAAUAUCUAGAUCAAGAUGGUUUACUUUUCUAAGAAGAGUUUUUCAUUAUCAGAAUGGGUCGAGGUCUAGUCUUGGCUCGAAUCCUUUCAAUUCUAGUACUUGGUUGAUGUUGGAGUUUAGUGCUUUAAUUGUACAAAUAAUCGUUUCUACGUUCACUUUGGCUAUUUCGAAUAUGGAGAAACCUGUUUGGCCUAUGAGGGUAUGGAUAUCUGGUUAUGAUAUUGGAUGUGUUCUUAAUUUGCUUGUGGUUUAUGGACGGUACCGACAAAUUUAUCUGAUUCAAGGAGAUGCUGUAAGCCUUUCGAAUAUGGAGCAACAGAGAAACAGUGAAGACACAAGUGUAUACAGGAUGUCACACUUGAUGCACAAAUGCAGGACUUCAUUGGAGCUUUUCUUUGCCAUAUGGUUUGUGAUGGGAAAUGUUUGGGUUUUCGACUCACGUUUCGGUUCAUUUCAACAAGCUCCAAAACUUCAUGUCCUCUGCAUCACUUUGCUUACUUGGAAUGCAAUCUGUUACUCUUUCCCUUUCCUACUUUUUCUUUUGUUAUGUUGCUGCGUGCCACUGAUUAGCUCCCUCCUCGGAUACAACAUGAACAUGGCAUCUUCUAACAAAGGAGCAUCUGAUGAACAAAUCUCACAACUUCCAAGUUGGAUACAUAAAGAUCCUCAUACCACAAAGUUAGAUCUUGGAAACGACUCUGAAAGCAUUGAAAAUUUUAUCAAUGAAGAUCCGGAAUGUUGCAUUUGCUUAGCCAAGUACAAAGACAACGAAGAGGUUAGAAAAUUGCCAUGUUCUCAUGUGUUCCAUUUAAAGUGUGUGGACCAGUGGCUGAAAAUUAUAUCUUGCUGUCCACUUUGCAAACAAGGAUUAGAGAGAUAGAAGAAAUAGCUAUGACAACAGUCAUAUCCUCAUAUACUAAUUUGGUCAUAUACUCAUGGAUGUUCCUUUUUUUUUUCACUUUAAAUUUUGGUUGAAUAUACUUUACAGUGUUACUUGAGUGAGUUUGUAUAUGUAAAGAAUAGCUCACCAGUAACAAAAACUAUAUUACAUACUUAUUGUAAGUAUUGGAUAGCUUUUCAAAUUAGGGGAUUGUUUAAGCAUUAAUUUUUCUAUUGUGAAAUAAGAUGUUUGUAAUAAUGAAAAAAUGAAGUAAAUAUUGUAUUUGUUUGAUAAGUAAUAAAAUUUGUACUCUUUAGUAAA